AAUACAUACAACGUGAAGGCUUAAUUCCUUGAUGUUAUAAUCCAUGCUUUGUGGCAAUCUACAACAGAAUUUUCCUGGAACUUUUUCUCAUUUUAAAAGAUCAAGAAUUAUCUAUAGAUGUGCAGAUAAACGGAUGUCGCGUGACAUGUGCGCUACAACACUCACAACUGCCAUGGAAUUUUCGAAUGGAGUAAAUUGCUGACUUUAUUAUUUUCUCAAAACGUUAAGUUGUGUUUUAUCUAUAAAUGAGGCUAACGACAGCUUGUGAUCUCAAGCACGAAUACGAUUUCUACGUUUUUUGGCGGCAUGUAGAAUCAACGAUGGCUUGAACUCGCAAAAAAAACUUGGCCUUUCUGAUCGACUGACGUGAACUCAAAAGGGAAAAUGCAAAGCUCAGAAGCUGUGAAAGGUGUACUUCAGGAUACACAUCUAUUAAACACAGGUUUUGGCCGGCCUGAACCUACGAGGACUACGCAAACUACUAGACAUCGCGCAAGACCCGUAUCAGGUAGGCAAAAACUUGUAAAGCGUCAAACACUUGUACUGUAAUGUGUACUUCUAAACAAAGCUUAUUAUCGCAAAGUUUGGAUUGGUAAAACGUAUUGUGCAGUUGUAAUCUAAAAGUCGUUAAGCCGGGGGUGUUUGUUCACAAUAAAUAUUUGUAGGAUUAACAGUUUUUUAACAGUAUAAUGCUGUGAAUUAAUCCUUUUACCCUUGCCUUUUUAAAAUUAGAAAGAAACUAAGUUUUCUAAUUGAUAGGUAAGUAUAGAAGACCGACGGGGCUAACAACUUUUGUUCAUUUUCAUGUGUCCCAUUUGCUGCAUUUGAGUUUAUUUUGUGGGGCAUUAACUUCCAAAUGACGGAAAUUCUGCGAUGCCGCCCCUAGUAAAAGGCUAUGUUCACAAUAUACUGCAGUAGCUCUUGCGCCGACAUGAAACCAUACUGGAUAGGGCUUCUCUUCACAUAUCUUGACUCAAUAUUUCUGUGCAGUGCUGAUCCUGAAAGUGGAUCAUCACAUAUGGGAUAGGUUUCUGCCACUCUUUGCAGCAGUGUGAACAGGUAUAAUUCCGACUACAGCAGAGGUAAAUACUUAGGCAUGAGUACUGGUCCCCAUCCUUGGCCAACUUCUCUGGUAAAAUGUUUGAUGUGUAUGAACGACUUGCUCCAGUUCUGUGCCUUGUUUACAAAGUACCAGAUAGCAUUUCAUGUUGGUACAAAAAGCUAUAUCUGGUACAGUAUACUGUAGAUUUUACAGGUCAAAAUUAAAUUCAGAUUAUUUUUUAACCUAGGUUGAUUCUUAAUUUCCUUUGUCUCCUAGCCCUAAUUCAUGAAUAACAAGGGCUAGGAGACAAAGGAAAUUGAGAAUGUGUAGCUCCGGAAAAUAUCAAAUAUCCAUACUCCCCCCAUGGAAAGGAUUGGAAAUUCCUGGGGGUUGGGGGGUUCUCAAAGGCCCAAAAAUUUAAGUAAAUGUAUGAAGCUUGACUGGAAUUUCCAGAGAGGUGGGGGGGGGGGGGUCUAGGGAAAAAUCCCUUCCUUGGGGGAGGUAUGGAUAAUUUUUGGAACCACACAAUCAACCUAGAUGAAAAAUUUUUGACCUGAGUUCAAUUCUGACCUUUUAGGCAUGCAUCUUGUGCGUCUUGUAGGCAUGCGUCUUGUGCAUCUGGAAAUCACCCAGGGGCAGACUAUAAAUAACCGUAUAAACUAGCUUGGUGUUCCUUAUUAUCAUAAAAUUUAGGCUAGCACAAUGGACCUCUUAUACUACUGCCAUGGUAGGAAACGUAGGCCAUCUGAGUGUCUUAGAUGGUGACUUUUCAAUUUAGAAGAACAGAAAUUUAUAUGAUCUCAGUUCUUAGUGGCAAAAGCUUCUCUUAAGAGCUCUGAACUUAACAACAAAACAAAACAUAACAUUCCUCCAGAGAAACAUCACCAUUACUCUUUUGUGUUAAUGAUCUGGUUGUCUUAUUGCACAGGCAAGUUGUACAAAUGUAGAAUGUAUCCAGGCACAAAAAGAUGUUGCUCUUUUCCAAAGGGACAAGUGAAAUUGUUAAGAAAUUUUUGGUCUGUGUACAUGUACAUCUGUACUGACCAGUAUCUUCUUACAUUAAAAUUAAAAAUUGCAAAACUGAUUUUAGUCUGUUCAGACCUGAUCAUUGCUAUUUGGAUCUCUCUUAUCUACAGCACCCCCAGCCAACCAGCCUCGUUGGAGAUAUCCAAACUCUCCAGAGCCUAAAAGAGCAAGAAAGUUUCACGUGAGCCUCAAUCACACUCCAUUUGAAAGUAGAACCAGCCAAAAAGCUCCAUAUGCCCCUAGAGCCACUAUAGGAGGUAGCACAACACUACGGGGAAAGGAAUUCUCUCCAGCAGUUUACAAUUCCCUCAGUGAUCCUCAUUUGAAUCCUUACUUUUCCAGAAAGUUUGGAAAAAGUGCUUCUUUGAGGGAAUCAGGGGUUUCAAAGUCAAAGGUGUGUGAUUAUAAAAUAAAUAGCUGUUUAGUGUCCUGAGUCACCUAAGCUAACACCUUAAUCUACAAUGUACAUACACAUGUGCAUGUUUGAUACAUAUACCGUAAGUUAUGUUAUUUUAUACAUGUACGUACAGCUGUAUGUCUAGCCCAGGAAUUUUGGCUUAGGGGGCGGUGGUUGCAGUACUCCCAUAAAUUAAUUUCAAAUAGGUGCUUGCCGCCCAGGGUCUUAAACCCUGACCCUGUUUAGGAAUGAACCCAAAAAUUGCACCCUAUUCAAGAGAAAACAAAAACUAAUAAUUUAAUGACAACACAUAAACCUUUCCAAAUACCCUGAGGGGUACAGUGGAAGCUCUAUUAACAGACACUUUCAUUAGGAGACAGCUCUAUUUGAACAUGUACAGCAACCUUCAAAAAAUCCCAUGACAACUCCCAUAUAAACUCUGUAGUUUUACAUUCCCGUGAUUAAGUGGACAUUCCUGUAAGCAGCUGUGACCGGACACUUGCAGGGUUUCGGGUUUGACAUUGGCUUUGUUUUUAGGCUUCCAUACACACAGACUACACAAAAUGAAAUCUUAUUCUCCUCUGAAUCUGUAUUUUAAUAAAUGAACUUCAAAUUGCUGUUCAUCACAAUGAAUUUUAUAUCAGUUUCAGCUAUUGCUUUUUUUUCACAGGUUAUACAUAUACAUUGUAAGCUUGUUAGUUGUAACAAUUAUUGACAGUUUAUAUUAUAACUGUAGAGUGGAUGGUUUGCAUGUCUCUAUAAUUCCGAUAGCUAUGUUGGCUUGAGUUGUAUUCUCCUUGUAUGGUCACCCAUGCCAAACAGGUUGAAGGGUAGAUGCCAAAUGAAGACUGUUAAUUGCUCAGGUCCAGGUGGGGGUUGGCUAAUGACCCACUCUUGUAAAGGACCCUUAUUACACCAAAAGUAGUGUUUCCACUGUACCCUGGGAGCAAAGGCAAAAAUCACUGUUGACAAUAGAGUCAGAUGGAGAAAAUUACAUGUAUAGUAGUUCCUUGGGUUGAAGGAGGACUAAUGAUGAUGAUGAUGAUGAUGGUGAUCAUUAUAAUUAUUAGGAAGUAUGUUAAGUGGGUGCAUUGUAUAGGUACAGUACGUUAAUUCAUGUACCUAGCUGUCAUCCCAAGGGAUGCGAUUAUUGAGCCAUUUGGUCUGAAAGUGUGUUGAAAAGUAUCAGGAAUUUCGUACUUCUUUGACAAUGAUUUAAGUGAUAUGAAACAUUUUUAAAGAGUUUUAUGGUUUUUAAACAAUUUUUUACCAUUCAUUAUUUUACCAAGAUGGCUAUUUAAUACUAGAUAUCCCUUUAUUUCCAUCAGGGAAGAAAAGGAAGUAGCAGUAAGACAAAGAAAAAAGGUAAGAAAUAAAUAAUCUAGUGUUAAAUUUUUGUUCUUUACCUACCCUCAUUGGCCCCAAUUGUCUUUCCUCUGCCGUUUACUUUGAAAAUUAUUUUAACACUUCUAAACUUAAUUUCCUCUUUUUUGCUGUUUGUUAAAGGAGUAACUUACAAAGUAGUGGUGAAAACGGGAGCCAAGAAAAAUGGUGGCACAGAUGCGAAGGUACUGUAAACAUCUGUACUGUAUGUAACUUAGCUUGCCGUGGGUUUAUGUACCUCAUUACCUGACACUUGUGGAUGGAUAUGGCUUCACACAAUCUUAAAAUUAAACUCUGCUUUUCACUUGCAAUUAGAUGAUUGUACUUUUCCAGGUCUGCAUGAGCAGAUUAUCCACUAUUGUUUUAUGAAAAUAAUGUCUGAAAAAGCGUUAAUGAAAAACUGGUAUUUGGUCCAGGGAUUCUAAUGCAUUGAAACAAAAUGGUUACAGUAAAUUCCCAGGACUUUUUGGGUAAAGCGCAAACUUCUCUUUUACAUUAAAAAAAUCAUUAAUCCUGGGAAAGUAUUAUUUUAAAAAGCUGCUUUGUUGUAUAGAAAGUAUAUUAUCAUAUAAAUAAUAUAAAUUCUCAUUAUCAGACAAAUGUUUGUUAAGGUUAUUUUUUAGGUCCCUGAAAAAAGGAAAAUAAAAGAAAAACAACAUUUUCUCAAAAGCAAACUGCCAUUAAGUAAAUAAUAAUAAUAAUAAUAACCUUCUUAUAUAGCGCUGUUUCUCUACUGAACCAACAGCGCUUUACAACAGUGAAUGAUAAAGAAAACUAAGUAACAUAAAAAAGCCUGAAAAAAUGUAAAUGAUGUUAAUGCUACUACAAGCACUAACUUUUUGCUUUAAAAUAAUCAACACCUCUGAAAUUCAUGCAUCAUCUACUAGCAUUCAUCUUCUGUUGAAAUUCUGAAAUCUCACUUCAGGUUUUUGCUGAAUUUCGAGGGACAACAGGUAAAUUUACUCGACACCUCACACACCAAAUGGAUUCUGCUGUACCAUCAGCUUUUAUUGCUACCCUACCACCCUUCCAGUUCCACUCAGGAAGCACAGAAACCUUCAACAUUAAAGGACCUGAUAUUGGAGAGCUCAUCCAACUCACUGUACAGGUAAUGGCGAUGAGUAAAAAUAAUGUGCGCACAUGCUGUUCGUUAUCAUCUUUUUCCAUUCUUUUAGUUUUGAAACACAUGAGUCAGAUCUAAGAUUUUGAUAAGGGGUCACCUCAGAUGCAAGGGAUUAGAUGGGGUGAAGUGUACACUAUUUGGUAUGAAAAGGAGAGUACAAGGUUAGUUAGGAACCCUGGCCUGUAGAUGUGCCCUUGAGUAAAUUAUUUUCCUUUGCAUACAGCACUUUUAACUCAUUGACAAAAUGAUGAGCUUAGGAGCAGAAGUCUUAUAUAUCAAAAGUCUGACAUUUGAACUGGGCUCAAGAGAAAAACUUACUGACCUCCAUAUUUACUUACGAUACUAUAAUUAUGGUGGGUUGGAGAAGUAAGAACAUACACUUUAAAUCUGAAAGCUGCUUUAAGACUUGAGCACGUAUUAAUAAAUUUUUGACCCAAGAGCAAAUCAAAGAAAGCAAUGGAAGUAUUAUGCCAUGUUACAUAUAUCACUUUUACAGUGGAACUGUUGCUAAAGUGUAAUCACUGUUUGCCCUGCAUAUAGCGUGCUUACAUGGGCUCUAAAACUGGCCAGCUGCAAGCCUCUUCCUAAGGUAACUCCCUCCAAAGCCAAUAAUUUUCUUUGAAACUUGUUCACAGUUGGUAUUGUAUAAAUUUCUUGUUUUGAUCUGUAGCAUGACGGCAGAGAACGCAAACAGGGAUGGUUCCUUGAUGAGAUCCAGGUGACAGAUCCUAAAAAGCCUCAAACCUGGACAUUUCCUUGCUACCAGUGGCUGUCGCUGUAUGAGAGUGACUGCCAAAUACGACGCAGUCUAAAACCAUUGGUUCAUAAAAAGUCGGAGAAAGUUGGUAUGUGUAGCUACAUGCACCUAGAUUUUAUACAGUACAUGUGCAGUCAAACCUUAUUAAUAUGGACACUGAGGGGGCCAUAGAAAGUCCACAUAUUAACGGGGUGUCUGUCUUAAGUGGUUUGAAUUUAGAGAAAAUUAAUGGAAGGUCUAUCUUUCCCCAGGGACAAAGCAAAUCACUGCAGUGUAUGUUUCAUAUUCCAAGAGUAUGUGUUGGAUAUGAGAUAGUAGAUAGCCAACGAGGCGCAUAGUGCCGAGUUGGCUAUCAUCAUCUCAUAUGCAACAAGCACAAGUGGAAUAAAACGCCCACAAAUAUCGAGAAUUAUUCCUGACUUUAUUUGUAAAAACAACCGAUUUUCAGCUUGUUUUUAAUUUUGAGCAGACGCGGACAGUUACUAUAUUUGGAGAGCAUAGUAUAGUGGCUCAUAUACCAUGAUGGCUAAGCCAAUCAGAGCUCUAGAAUUGCAUUAUCCAAUGAUUCAGUUUUUAAUGAUGUAAUUUACAUUGUCAUUUCCAACACGUUUUAUCAUGCCACAUGAAUAAUUACAGCUGCUUAAAUGUAAUGGAAACAAAUAAAGACAUAAACCUGCAUGCUUUUUUUUCUGGACAGUUUAUGUGAUAGAAGUUUACACUGGUGAUAAAGCAGGAGCUGGUACUGAUGCUCAUGUGUUUGUUACUCUGUUUGGUAAAAGAGGACAGACCCCCAAAACACAGCUUAUCAGCAGGUGAGUGUGUUCCUUCACUCCUGAUCAGCUUCAAAUUUCUUUCAUAUUUUCAACUUGAAAACAGUUUGCAAUUUGUAAUGCUGUCCUAUUACACUGUCCUAUUGGUGCUGAAAUCAGGCAGUUGAUAGCCAAUAAGAUUUAAGAAUUUUGUUAUAGUUAUGAUUAAUAAUUUAAUUUUAAAUUUUAGACAUAUUAUGAUCGACUCCCCUCAGGCCUCACAAAAAGCGUGAAUUCCAUCUUGUCCUUUGGUCAAGCAGGUGUCACAUUUUUCUUGCCACGGUCACUUCUUUCUCGUCUUAGUUGAUGAUUCUGUUAAUGGAUGGCUUACUUGGGCUAAGCGUGCUUUUGGCUAUGCUUUAAAACUUACUUGCCCAGCAAGAAAAUCUACUUUUCCCGCACUACCGGACGGAACGUUUUUCGAGCCCUGCUCGGGGCUUAUCAAGUACUGAAGUAAUGAGUAAGAGACCACCACACCGGGGACUAUGUCCCCUACUUUUUACAAACAGUGUGUAGGUUCUUUAGAGUCUUACAAUAGGCCACUUGCACUAAGAGGUCACGUAACCAAUGCUUCUUUUUCCAAUAAGUUGGAAUCUUUCUGAUGCCAAAAAUUGACAGAGCCCUGUACGGAUUAGGUCUGCAGCCUUGGUGGCAGCAAAAAUAUAUUUUUUAAGAAUAUUGCGAAAUUUGGCAAUAUUUUAAGAAUAAACCCAAGGCUGAGAUUUUGAAAAGGAUACAAUUUUGUGUGUUGAGAAUCUGUGAAUACAAUACAGUUUUGUUUUUAACUUAACCAUAUAGAAUUCUUCCUUUCUCUAAAUGGGAAAAAGAGCCAACAAAACGAAAAAUCCUGCAAUAACUGUAAUUGGUCAUGAUACCCCAUUACACAUUCUAAAAAGGAAAUGUCACAAACUCUAAUUUGAGAAUAAUACUAGAAUAAAAUCCAGCCUAAAAAUGGCAGAAAAAUAAGAAUAUUCAACCUGGGCCGGAAAAACAACAUUCUUAUAAAAACAAAAGAGUGUACAUAGGUGCAUAUAACUAAAGAACUGGCAAAAGUGUAAUAUCGAUUGUCUUAAUACAUUUCUGUUUAUGUGCAGGACUGAUGAUGCAUUUGAGCGAAAAAAGAAAGACGUGUUCAAGAUCAAGACAACUGACAUUGGACCACUUAGAAAGUUAACGUAAGAAAAUGUCAAUGCAUACAUGCGUAGCUUUAUUGCCAGCCUGCGUCUCAUACGUAAUCUUACUCCGGUUCACCCGGUUAGUAACGUCUGCGAAGCAGUGCCGAUAUCCUUGUUCCAGGCCUCCAACAGACUCAAUGAAAUCACCGGAAAUGCGUUUCGAAUUUCCCUUCAUCCUGAUUGGCAAAUUGACAGUAGCUUUUUUUUUAACAAGCCAGUCAUGGUGCGUAAUCAAAUCCUGGUACACAGGUGGGGGCCCAGAGCAAGGAUUUUGGCACUGUUUCGCAGACGGACUUGACCAGAGUUUAGUUUCGUCUGUGGCACAGGCCGGGGUUUCAUUGCAACCUUUAAUUUUUUUUAAAAUUGUUGUCAACUUUGAUUUAUCACAGCGUGGAGCAUGAUAAUUUUGGUUUUUCCGCUGGAUGGUUUCUAGAUAAGGUGAGUGAGACAGACUAUACAUUUGUCAGUCCCUCUUUUUCCCUUUUAAUGUACAGACUUAAUUAGCCAGGUCUAAACGGGAAACUUAAGUUAGUAUAGUUAUAAUAUAAUUUUAAACCCAAUUAACUUUAAGCCAUGACAAGGAAAACCAUUAACCGCCAAUCUUUGCUUACCGUAGCUUAAGAAGCCUUCAUUGCACCUUUUUAGGAAAGCCAUUUUUCACGGUCAAACGAAAAUCAGUCUAAAACAAAAUGUGCUUCUUCUUUUCAGAUAAUAGUGUAUUGUCGCGAAAGAGAAGAUCGGAGGUUCUACUUUCCAUGUAACCAGUGGCUAGCUAAAGAUGAAGGAGAUGGGCUGAUAGUGCGACAACUGACAGCAACAACUGACUCCUCAGCUGCUUUUGAAGGUCAUUAAUUUACAUCUAAAACGACCGAAAUUAUUGGCCACUUUAGAAACGCGAAGGGAACUGGAGCCGAAAUGUAUCCCGCAAUUAAUUGUGGGAUCGUUACUGGGGACGCACGCGUCAGCUAUUAGGGACUUUAAGAUCCAACGACGCGACGUCAACGAGAUCCUCUAAAAAACGAUAGAUUUAAUGAGCAAAACGACAACUUUGCACGUACAUCUCACAUUUUUGUACAUUUCUUUGCCCUUUUUGGCACGACUAGAACAUGAGAAUCCAAUUUCGUGUUUUAUGAAGAACGUAAACAAGCAACGGCGAAUUUUUUUUUCUGUUUCUGAACUUGGAUAUGGUCUCUUGGAAUUCAACUUCAGAAGAGUUUGUCCACAUUUGACAAAGUAAGUGGGUAGGAAUAAUUGCGACAAAGACUGAAAGAACGCAAAUUCACCUUCGCCGUCACGUCGUUGGAUCUUAAUAGAGAGUUUUAGAUCCGAGUUUACCGCGAACCUCUAACCGCGGUUUGCGGUUACCCGUUUGCGGUUCGAAGUUCAAACAUAAUUCGAUUUAGAUUGGCGGUGGUUUAAAGAAGUGGAUUCCGGUUUAUUUUUCCAUUUAGAAAUAGAAGAAAUAUCAAUCAGUGAAAAAUGAAAGAAAUUUAGAAUAACACUUGGUUAUCUAGCAGCAAAGAGCUGUAAAUUCUUACAUUAGUUCUUCUUGCAAAUGUACGGCCACCAUUUUGAAUCAGCAGCCAUGAAUGGCACUCGUUUUCAAGAUCCUAUAGGAUUUAUCAAAUUUAGCAUUUCGCCCGAAUGUGUGCCUCUGUUAAUGGAUAAAGACUUGCUCCACAAGAUUUUUGUGUCAUUGCGUGAGAUAAAACAAGAAUUAUAGGCUAAAAGCUUUCAGGUAAAUGACCUACGUGAAAACCUACUUCCCCACGUUGAAAUCGCACGUCGUAAACCUCAAACGUGACGAGAAAGACUUGUCACGUGACCUUCAGCGGUUAGAGGUUCGCGGUAAACUCGGAUCUAAAACUCUCUAUUGUCCCUUUUUUCCCCCCUGUCCGUCGUAACCGUACCAGAAGUCUUUGCGAAAGUUAACUCAGCCCAAGCUCCUUCUCUUUUCUAAGGUGGCUAAUAAUAAGAAAGAUCUUUUCAAUAGAGGAGAACUUUGCAAGAGUAAUUUAAGCAAACUUCCGGCGUUUUUAGAGCAAAAUAGUUUGCUUUUUCGGCGAAAGUUGGCGAAAUAAUUAGCAGCAAAAUUUCGGCGUCUUUGUCAGCCUCGUGACAGCUAAAUUUCGUAAGCUCAGCAGAAAGUGAUAGUUGAUGGCUUGGGACGAAGUAUCAGUGCGAAAUUUCGUUUCCUCUGGAAGAAAAUUCGUCUUAUAACGCAAAAGUUUGUUUCAGCAGAGCAGUUGUGAACGCAAUUUAUGCAAUUGCGUGAGAAGCCUGAAAAAAGUUCAGGACUUCAACGGGUUUUGAUCGCAGGUCAGGGGUUCAAACCCCGUUGAAGUCCUGAUUUUUUUUUCAGGCUUCUUACGCAAUUGCAUAAAUUGAUUUCAUUUCCGCAGUUCAUAUAUGAUUUAUUUCAUAUACAUCUAUCAUAAUAAUGUUGGUUUGAUGCGGACCUGGUUCCAUAGUUAUUUAGUAAAAUUCAACUAGUGGACUAUUAUAAAUGCUGCGUUCUGAUUGGUUGAGCUACUACUAGGCUAUAUGUUAUAGCCCACGAGUAGCGAAAAGCGCGGGCUUUUUGGCGGCAAAAAGGGAUUAAAGUCUAGCUUUAACUAGCUAAACUUUCUUCAUUCUUGAUAUUUUUGACCAACUAGUUGGAUUUUACUAAGACAAUUAUUCCUCUCGCCCUCAUGGCCUCUGAGUCAAUAGCCCAUUCGGGCUUGAGGAAUAAUUGUUAAGUACAUCGGUCGUUAGCCUGAACAUGCUUCUCAGGUUACUUGGAACAGUUUGGUGAUAAACGUCAUGCAUCUUCAUGCUGCGACAUGUCCCUGUGUUUCUUAGCAACAAUUUGUCGCCCAGUGUGUUCCGACUUAAGAAGUAAGUUCAUUGCUUCUUUUCCAGGCCAUCCUUACCUGGUUCACACAUUCACUGGUGACAAGAGAGGGGCUGGGACCGACGCAAACGUAGUCAUUACCAUGUUUGGAGAAGAAGGUGACUCAGGAGAGAAGAAGUUGGAGAACGCCAGGAAUAAUUUUGAGCGUGCAAAGUAAGCGGCUUGCAUUGUUAUCUACCGGGGCAUUUCAAAACCAUUGCAAAUUUAAAAGAUCACUUUUCAGCCCCAAAGUGUCAACUUAGCCCUGCAGGCUAAAAGUCUAAUUCAGCCUCUUCUGGAGCCAUUUGAGCACAAUUUAGCCAAAACAGCCCCAUGAAAUGCCUUUUCCAGCGCACGCUGGACACGUUUCAGCUUUUGGGUCCAAAUCAGCCCAAGGUAAGACUAACUGGACUAUGUUAGGAGACGUUCUUAGAUUGCUCGUCAGGAAGGAACGCACCAUGAAGACCUAUGAAAGUCUUUAUGAUUAGAGCGGCCAAAUUUAAUAGAUCCCCCAAAAUAGCACUGUAUUUUACUCACCGAAACGGCCCCAUUUUUAAGGCUAAAACAGAUCUUUUUUAUUUACAGUGUGUCCACCACCAGAAAGUUGGGUGAAACUUGCGAAUUGUAUAACUGUUUCUUAUUGUGUGGAUUCAUUUUUCAAGGAAAGAUUCUUUCAAGGUAAUCUGUGGAACACAUCUUGGACGACUGACCAAGAUAAGAAUUGGACAUGACAACAGUGGUCUUGGUCCUGGCUGGUUUCUAAACAAGGCAAGUCUGAUGUAUUACUUUAUGCACGUUUUGGCUUCUGGAAAACGUUAUGGAUACACAGAAUGCGACUAGACAGUGUAUUUACCUGAUUCUAUAAAGGUUGCUUUGGAUAUUGAGCAAUUGCGCACUGGGAAGCGGUCACUCACGCAAAGUAUUACAGUGAGUUCUGUAUGCCCAAAUGCCCAUUACCCAAUUGUCAAUGACCAAUUGCCAAAGCAGCCUUUAUUGAAUCACAGUGCAACCUCAAUAUAAUGAAUAGCCAAGACUGGCUAAAUUUGUUCUCUAUCACGAGGUUCCGUUAAAACGAAGUUUUUUUCCAUAUAUUUUACUGUUACUGGGGGUAAACAAAAUUGUUCUUUAUGCCCAAGACUACGUUAUACGCAGGUUCGUUAUAUCGAGGUUCCUCUUUAUGCUUUGUUUCAAUGCUAUUCUUAGUUCCAAUUUUGUUUUAUUUUGUUUCAAACUGACUAGCAUACAUUACUUCACCCAAAAUUGAAGAGAAAUUAAAUUUAAAUCGGAAUAAAAUUAAACCACAACAUGUAAAUAAAUUCAUCUCACGACCUGUUUAUGAAAUGUAAGUUAGUUUCGAGCUAUAUAUCAUGCAAGUUGCUUCAUCUAUGGUAUUGGACUUACAAUGAAAGGCUUUUGGUUAAACGCAAAAUAAAACUAACCGUUGACGUGAUAUUUGUAACAGGUUUCAGAAAGGAAACGUCACACACAAGACACGAACAAGUUUAAACAAUAUUUCUUCAUUUAUCAAAUCGUUUCUUACAAACUUGUUUUAGGUAACUGUUGAAGACCCUAAGACGGGUGAGGCAGUCGACUUCCCAUGCCGACGAUGGUUAUCAAGAACUGAAGAUGAUAGACAGAUUUCUCGUGAACUGAUCAGAGGAGAUACUAAAGAUGAGGACAUGGUUGUUGAUAAAGGUAAUUAUACAGCCACAGACUUGUUGGCUUUAAACUAAUCCUCGUUACUUUUUUGUACAACUGUGGAACAGGAUCACGCUUGAUCCUUUUGAGUUUUGCCAUCUGUCGAGAAGCCGUAGCUUUGUUAGCCUCCCACGCAGAUAUUCUUAGGGGUUUGUCGCGCAUUCCUGCCCCACGGAGAGGAGGGGCAGGAAGGAUUGGGGAGUGUUGCGUGACGAGCCAAAAGAACGUUUGCAGGGGAAGCUAUAGCUUCGUCGGCGGGCUUAAGGUCUAAAACAGAUUCUGAAAUGAGGGUAUUGAAUUGAGAAUUUACAUCUCAUUGUUGCUGUCUGCAGUCUUCCUACAAGCUUGAGCCUCGUCUAUGUUCAAGGACAAAGAAAAGGAGAAAGGAAACAAUUUAACAGAACAAGUUGACCAUUUCAAACCCCCGAUUGGCAAUACCUCGCGCACAGCACUCGAACCUAGUUCCCUGUUCCGUGACGUGUCAUGUGUUUGCUUUGUAACUGAAGCGUGAAACCCUGAUGUAGAUGCAGCCUGAGAGUCUUCCAAAACCAUGUUACCAGGCGGGGAAUGUCCAGUGUUAAGAGUGUCUGACGUUGAAAUUUAUAUUCACCAUCCCUAUUUAUUUCCUUUAGGAAUCCCAUACCAUAUUCAUGUCACCACCGGAGAUGUCAGAAAUGCUUCGACUAACGCACGCGUGUACGUGAUACUUCAUGGAGGAGAAGACGGAGAAAACAACAGCGGUAAACUCUGGCUACAGAACGAGAAAAAAGACAAUUUUGAGAGAGGAAGAACAGACAUAUUCACUGUUGAAACAACGGAGAUGUUGAGUCCCUUACAUCACUUGACAAUUGGUCAUGAUAACAGUGGACUUGGUGCAGGGUGGUACUGCGAGAAGGUAAUGUCAAGUCAUCACUUAUGCUUUUUACUGCUCACAAGUGACGGUUUGGCCUCGCCUUCGUGCCUACUCGGCCUCCACUUUGGUUUCAUCUUCUACUCUUCUGGCUCGUUAUAAUACUGAAAUUUGUUUCCGUUUCACGGUUUGUGGCUCUGGUUCCCAAACUAGGCGAACUGAUGGGACACGUAACCGCAAUGACCUUAAUGCGAAAUUAUAGGGCGUGGCAUGAGAUCUGGUGGUUCAGUUCCUUUAUUUACUAAGACAGGAGCAUUAUAGGUGCUUCUUGGGGUUUGAACUUGUACUGUAGGGUAGGUGGGGGAGGGGUUGGGGUUGGACUUGCUAUACGUAGUGUUCCAAACCAAGGGUCAGUAAAGAUGGCGGACAUACUUUUUCAUUUUUCUUCUUAGGUGGUAGUUGACUGCCCUAGCAGUGGACACCAACAGAUAUUUUUGUGUCAGAAGUGGCUGGCAGACGAUGAAGGAGACCAGUUGAUUGAGAGAGAUCUUUACGAAUCCGAGGACAUGAGACUCAAGAGAAGGCCAAGUAUGUUUACAAUUUCAUUUCGUUUGUUCUUCUGUUUAUUCCAUUCCCCGUUUUCAUUCCUAAGUUACAUUCCCAACUUCUAAGAAAGUUUACCUUCUACCCUACGGCGUCUACUUCUUCCCUUUGGUUUUAAGAUGUUGUUUUUUCGUUGUAGAAACUGUAUGGAAUGUUUGGGUGUGGACGAGUGACAUGCGGGGUGCUGGUACCGACGCUAAUGUGUUUGUGACAAUGUAUGGAGACAAAGGAAAAACUGAUGAGGUACCGAUUGGUAACGCAACGGAUAACUUUGAACAAGGACAACUGGACAAGUUUAAGGUAUGUCACGUACGUUUGUUCAUGCAAAGAAUUUAUUUACAGACCUUUAGGAAAAAUGGAGAGCGCGAAACGAUAGCCAAAAGAGCGACAGCGUGACAUGUCCAACAACAUCAUUGGGAACAAACCUUUAUUUCUUUCAAAGAACUGAAAUUCUAUGCAAUGAUUUCACAAGCGAUCUCGAAACUGCCCACUGCCAGGACAGUUCAUAGCCGGAAGACGAGCAGCUUUCGCUCACCCAUUGCUAGCAAAACCUUUUCAUGGAUGGUUUUCGCGAAAAAAAAAAAGAUGCUCAUUUGGCCUUCCAAUAUAAAGCAAGCAAAAAGUAUUUGUCUUAGUAAAAUGGAUUCUGGGACAUAUACUAACUGCGUUAUGAUCCCAUCCAUAACGAUCCCAUUCAAUCACAUCGGAAAAUUGCCUUGACCGUACGACAAACGUUAUUGCAGAACGUAACGAAGUUGUUUUAUAUGGGUUUUCUGUGUCUUCUUCGUGUUAAUGAUUUCCAUGUCCAUUUUUGCCACUGUUAGCUUGAACUCACCAGCGUUGGCAAACCAUAUAAACUCAGGAUCCGUCAUGAUGAUUCAAAGCCUUUUUCAGACUGGCACUUGGAAAAGGUAAGCAAAAGAAAAGCUGGAAUUGUUUGUUGUUAUUUUGUCUACACAGAACAUGUACACACUGUAUCACAUCCCGGCUUAGUUUUUUGUUUCUCUUCGUCAGAGUGAUUUUGUUAUAAAGGGGUGAAACAAUGGCCCAAAAGCAAGGCGUCCCAAUUUCACUGAAAAAUGAAUCACUAAUGCUCCUUUUGGAAAAUUUGAUUAUGAUUACGGCAAGUGAGAAAUACGCUUCCUUCAAUUCUGCUAAGGAAAUUUCUGAUUUGGAAAGUAAAUUUGUAAAUCUACCUUCCACUCUGGCAAGUUGUGUCAAAAGUAAGUAUCAAGUCAGGUACAUACUAAGCAAAACCUAAAAAAAUACUUCUUUCAUCCUCCGUGAAGUGCAGAGGUCCCUGAUACAUACGUUUGCGAGAUGUUCCUUUCUUUCUGUUUGCGAUAUUCAUUACCACACCACACCUGCACUGUUAAGUGGCAGUAAUUGUUUUGAAGAAUACCCGUUUGAUCUGAUUUUUCCUAGAUUCAAAUGGAAAACGCUCGGUCAAGCAUCAAGUGUUCUUUCAAGUGCAACCGCUGGCUCUCCAAGAGUGAGGAGGAUCACCAGAUUAUCCGGGAACUCCCGGCGAUUAUUCAGGGAAAAGAACCGCUACCAGGUAAAACAAACUAAGAUUAAAAGUAAAUAAAACAAUUGAAAAGCGUCGAGGGUUGGAGUGAGGGCUUUGGUACAGGUCUAGUUCAAUUUAUUGACGAAAGUUGGCGUGUGCUUAAGAGUUUCUAUCGUAACAUUAAGGACAAUGUCUGGCAGUCACUAAGUUCUAAGCAGAGAAAGGAAGUUGAAACGCUUCAGCAUGCUUCUGCCCAGACAUCAGAUGUGAAAAACUUGUCAGGGUGUAACGGUUCUAUGCGUAACACUGCGUGAAAAGUGUAAACUGAUUCCCCCGCUGUGCUGUUUUCUUGUUUCUCAGUCUAUGUGUACCAAGUGUUCGUGCACACUGGAGACAAACGUGGCGCCGGUACUAAUGCAAAUAUAUUCCUCAAUAUAUUUGGAGAGUUAGGAGAUACCGGGGAUCGACCUUUAGAGGAGUCCAAAAGUAACAGGGAUAAGUUUGAGAGAAACCAGGUAAGUUUGGUAGACGAUCGACUACAUCUUAUCUGCGUAAUAAUAAACACUUAAUGACUGGUCCUGAGGAAAACAGUUAAUUUUGUUUCCCGAGAAUCUUAAUGUUUCCCUAGGCGGAACCGAGGGAAACACUGAGAUUCAAGGGAAAAAACUAACUGUUUCCAAGGGACCAGUCUUAAAGAAAUUCUUUAUAUAUCUGGAAAUUUUGAAGCUGGAAAUUCAUUAAACCUCGCUAUAACGGCGGUCGUCGAUCAACAUUCGCGGGUAACAGUGCACUGUUACCCUCUGACAUCAUAAAUUUGCAAUGUUGCUCUCUCAGAGAUUUUGUCUGGGAACAGUUUCAUUGAUAGAUGUCAUGGGACCUCGAAGUAACCAACGAGAGUACGCGCUGUUGGGAAAAAUUUCCAGCUAUAUAACAAUGAUAAUGUUAUGACAAAUGUUGCAGCUGUUGUUUAACGAAUGUUGAGUGGAGUAUCGUGCCUUGUUUAGUAGGGCCUUGUCCUCAGGUAUCCGGCUUUUUUAAAAAACGGAGAGUUUUUUCCUCCGUUCUUUUGAAAAAGUACGCAUCCACACGUAGCUUAUUCAAAUCGUUUUAGGCCAUCCACACGAACAUAAUACGAUAGCGAACCUUACAGAGUUUGCGCAAUAUGAUGUAUGACAUCAUCAUUUUCGAAACCUCCGUUUUGUUCCUUCUUCACGAAAACAACAACCUGGCUUUUUCAAAAAUUUUCAUUCAGAGGACCGUUUUCAAAAAACCUGCGUAUUUUGGUGCCCGAAAUCGCCGUUUUCGUGUGGAAGGAAGGCUAAAACGGGAUGAGGGUUAGGUCAUUCAACAUGUAGAAGGUUGCUGAACAGUGAGGGCCGCAGCAUUGGUUAAUCAAAAAAUGUUGAAACCGUGCGUCAGGUUUGUCUGGUUGUCACAGGACCGUCUAAUUUCGUUGUUGUAUGUGACGUGCCCAAAGAGUCACGGUUGUAUCUGUGGGGAGCUUCAAAAACGGUGGUGCUUUGCCACAGAACUAUUUGACCUGGAGUGGAUUUCUUUACGUGACAACAUGCAGUCAAAUCUCCCUAACUCGGACACCCAGGGGACAGACUCAAGUGUGCAUAUUUUAGAGGUGGGGAUAUGUGAACUCCAGUGUUUUCGCGGCAUCAGGAGAACUGUCCAUAAAGGUGUCCGUAUUAUAUUGCUCCAAAGUUCCUUCCUUUCCACCUUUGUUCUAGUAAGACCCUCUCUAAUUCUAAUCAACCGGUUCAUUGAGCUUAAAGUGGAAGGUUUCCUUUGCUGUAGGUAGAUGAAUUUCUUAUUGAGGCAGUGUCAUUGAAAGGUCUUCAGAAGGUCCGUGUGGGUCAUGAUUCCUCCGGGGCCGGAGCAGGCUGGUUCUUAGACAAAGUUGUAAUAAAGGAUCCUGAGGACAAUACCAAGGAAUAUGUGUUCCCUUGUAACAGGUUUGGAAAACUCACAAUAUAAAGGCACAAUAGUUCUUGUUUAUUUUCCGGCUUAUAAGUUAUGAGAUUGUCUUCAAUAGUUCAUGUUCAUUUCUUGCCUUCUUCGGUUUCACACCUCUGAUAUGUAUGUUGUAGUUCAAAAUGAAUUUCAAUUUGCUUUAUCUCCUUACCCAAAUCAUAAGCGAGAAACAGAAAAGUAACCAUUCAAACUAGGUAAGGGUUAGAGGUAGUCUUCGUACGUAAAAAGAUAUAGGCCCUGAACAGUCCAUUGAAAACGAAUUAUCAACACCAUGUACAGAUGUUGAGUUUGCUUGUUUUCCAGGUGGCUGGCAAAGGACGAGGAUGAUGGACUGAUUGUGAGAGAACUUCCUUUGGGUGGCACAAGUUUGCUCAAUAGUACGUUUUGUUGAUCCAAUUCCCUCCUUGCACUUUAUCGCCUAUCUGUUUUUUGUUUGUUUCCUUCUCUGUUACAAACAUGUACCGUAUAUUGACGUUGAUAGUGUUUUUUCCACUUGGGACGUCCCUCUUUACAAUACGGACGCGUGUUGAUGUCUUGAGACAUUUUGUAGCUGUUUUUUUAUACUUCUCUGAUAGCCUGCGAAGGAACGACAAUGACAGAGUAAGAAAGACGUGGCUGCUCGAGAUCCGUCUUGUUAUCUUCACUUUACUGGGACCAAAAAUAAAUAACUGGUUUAAUGUUUAAUUGUUAAUUGAUCAGUCCCUGAUCCUAACACUUGUGCUCAAUGCGUGUCACGAGAGAUAUAAUGCAUUGUAUUUGUUGUAGCUGAAUUUUGUGUUUGUUUUUAGCCACAUCUUACCUGGUGUCAGUGAAGACAGGUGAUGUGCGUGGAGCGGGCACGGACGCCAAUGUUUUCGUCCAAAUUUACGGUGAUAAAGGCGACAGUGGGAAAUUACAGCUUCGAAGUGCCGAAAACACGAAAAACAAGUUUGAACGAGGCAGGACUGACCAGUUUGUUCUUGAGGCCGUGGACAUCGGAAAGGUUUGUCCUGGUACUUGGUAUUGGCAAAUCGCGUAGAGAUGAAUCAUGAAUAGAUCAUCUCUCUCUGCCUUGUUCUCAGUACUCUCUUACUUGCAUCUACUUUUUAAGUCCAAAAAGUUAUUACACGUAACAUCAAUUUUCUUCUAACAAUUUCAAUACAAAAUCAAGAGAAGAGGUUAUGAGAGUUAAUAAAAUGACCCCCAAGGGGAAAAUGUUUUGAUCUUUUUUCCAAUUCUCAAACGAAAUGUAAGGAAAUCAGUGUGGAGAAUUUGUUGCUCCUUGGUGAACCGUUUAAUUCAACGUUGACCAGCGUAAUAGUUAGUCGAGAAAAUAUGACGGUGACCUGGAGAAAUGUCCUUCAAACGACAAAAUAACCUCCAUAGUGAAUACAUGAGAAAGAUGAUUUUUCAGUCAAGGACACAGACGGCACGGUGGAAGUGAAAAGGCUCGGCCUCAGCUCCCACAGGUUAUGGUUUUCAGGGUCUUGAGUCUUAAACAGGGUAUAUAAUUUCACUAUUAAGCGUCUUGAGCAGGGUUUCUUUUUAGACCCGAAGCCUUAAACAGGGUGUGAAUCUACAGGGUGCGAUCUACGUGUGUAACGAUGUUUUUUAAAAUAAACUAAUUUUGUCCUCUCAGUAAUGUCAAAAAAAUCCCCCCCCCCCCACCGGGCUCAGCUCCCACGAUUCUCCUGUAGCUUAGUGGUAGAGCAUCUGAACUAGUAACCGGAAGGUCAUGGAUUUGACUCUUAUUGGGUGCAUUUGGAUUUUUGUUCCGAGCCACUUGUUUCACUGACUGAAAAAUCAUCUUUCUCAACCUCAAAAGAGUUUCAACCUCUUCUUGUUCCAAAAGAAAGUAAAUAACAAGCCAGUAAAGGCCUCGCACAAUGUAUCUAGUGCAAGUGUACUGAUGGUGCAUCUUAGGAAAGCAACCGUUAGCAGGGGUGAAGUCAAUAAAUAAUGACUUGUUUGGAGUAGGACCUAAGAAAACUGCCCGCGACCGCUUUUUGUAGUCAUUUUUACUGAUGAGUGACGGUUAAAGGAGAUGUUCACGAAAAUUAUCACUGAGAAUUUCAGCGGAGGGAACCACUACUAAACUGAGUGAAACAGAAAAAUAUCUGCUCAAAACAUGAAAAGAAGGUAUAAAUAACACUGCAGAUGUAAAAGGAGAAACAAAGUUCAACCAGACAACUGUGACACCGCCUCUCUAAGGGAAGUGAUUUCUGCGACGUUGAUAGGUGACCAGUUAAAGGAGGGUGAAUGUGGAGGGUGAAUGUUUCGUAUAGGUUUGACUGUAUUCUUUCCUUUUACAAAAAAAAAAAGCAGCCUGACACUGUGCUCUGUAUUUUUCCUUAGAUUGAAAUGCUACGCAUCUCACACGAUAAUAAGGGAACAAAUGCAGGGUGGUUCCUUGAUGACGUCACUGUGGAUAUUCCUUCACGUGGUGAUAAAGUGGUAUUUCCUUGUCACCGCUGGCUAGCUGACGAUGAGGAUGAUGGGAAGAUCGAGCGGGAAUUGUACCCUGGACAGCAAACUCAUACUAAUCCAAGUAAUUACUCUGUUUUUGUUAUUUAUUUGUGUAUUGUUAUUUAUUGAUAACUAACCGGUUUAAUUUUUGAUUUUUAUGAUUCUUUUGCAUCCAUAAAAUGAAUUGAAAUUUAAAAAGGUAAAAGAUUUCGACAUAGUAUCAGGGUAAAACUUAAUUUCCAUUCUAGGGCUACUCUCCUUUUAUAAUCGUAAAACGUUCAUCUGCACACUGAAAAACUUUUGAAUCUAAUUACAAAUAGCUUAAGAGGGAGACUUCAUUGUGAAGGAAGUAGGAACUGGGUAGUAGAGUCCAACCCCUCUUAAUAAGGACACCUCAUAACAACGGACAGUUUGCUUCGUACCUGGGGAAAGAAAGCCCUUACAUUUUCUCUAAAUUCAACCCGCUUAAUACUGACACCCCUUUUAACAGCGACACCUUCUAUGGCUCUCUCAGUGUCCGUAUUAACAGUGUUCGACUGUAUUUUGUUUGUCCCCGCUCUAGGAGUUACAUCAAUGUAGUAUUCACACAGAAAUUACCUGCGAGCAAGCUCUCCAUUUGGGGGAUGUAGUGAGAAGUUACGCGCGAGCGGCAGGCAAGAGGAGAUGCGUUUUCUCGCGUUUGUCGCUUCGCUCGCCACUCGAAAUGGAGAGCUUUCUCGCGGGGUAACAUAGAAUGUACUCUCUUAGACGAAUGUUAUGGUGCAAAUCUGAUCGCCUGCGUAAAACAGUACUCGCCCGCUAAUUCCGCCGGCUACAAACUUGAUUGCCUCUUUCAUCUUUGUUCAAAGGAACGAGGUUACUAUAAUUAAUUGACCUGUUGAUUUUAUUUUCUCGAUUUUUUGCGAGUAGAGAUCCCAUAUGAAGUGACAGUGUACACUGGAGAUGUGAGAGGGGCUGGCACGAACGCUAAUGUGUUUCUAGUCAUGUAUGGUGAGAACGGCAAGUCAGACCGGUUUGACCUGAGGAACAAGUCUGACAACUUUGAAAGAGCACAAGUAGACAAGUUUAAGGUGAAUAGUAGUUGAUUUGACUAGUUUUAGAAGCACAUGUAAAUUCUCCUUGUUAUUGUGACAUUCCUUGGAGUAAAAACAGAGGCAGCGUGGCCUAGCGGUUAGAGCGCUGGACUUGCAAAUCGGAGUCUCCGAGUUCAAGUCCCGUUCUGACCGCUAGCUGGAUUUGUUCACUGUAGUCCCGAGUUCAAAUCCUCGACCACGCUUGUACAUAGCUAACUGACUUGCCUUCCCGGCAAGUUGGGAUUCUUAAUGACCGUAUUAUGUCUGGAUUAAAUUAUUUGUUUCAGGCAGUUGCUCGGCCCCACUAGCAUUAGUGCAGUAAAUACUGCCCAGGGUAAAUAUUUGUAACGUGGUUAUUAUUUAUUAUCAUUAAGUUUAUUUCAUCAAAAUGAAUUUUUUUACACAUAAAAGGGGGUGUGAGAUGAUUUGAGUGGCUUUAGGUCUUUGUUGAAAGUUUCCUUUAAAUUGACAGGUGGAGAAUGAAGAUGUUGGACCGCUCUUAAAAAUUCGGAUUGGACACGACAACAACCGAAUGGGUUCAGCCUGGUUCCUGGACAAGGUAACAAUAUUCCUGGUAGAAGUAUGAAAAACUUAAAAUAUUUAGCCUGUUUUAACCAAUAAUAAUUUCUUUACGUCUUGUGAUAAGUGAUUUGAAAUCUUCUAGCCUGCAAGCAGCCAGCCUGCUACGCAAGCGUUUCCUAUCGAGUUAAAAGUUACAGUAAAACGUGCAACAAAAAGUGCAACUUGUUUUGCAACGUUGUUGCAAAACGAGUUGAGGAGCUAUGUUGCGCAACAUCGCUAUUCAAUUCGUUUGGCAACAAAAUCGCAAAACAAGAUGUACGCAUUUUUCUGCCCGUUUAACGGUGCCCUUACGCAGGCUACAAGCAAACCCUCUCUUGUCUUUCACUCGCGCGUGAAUCUUGCAUUUUUAAGGGCGGAGGUUGAUCGCUGGCUAAAAUAUUUGGAUUAAUUAAUUUUGUUUCUUAUUGUAACUCGCGUUUUUCAUUUUCGCGAAGGUUGAAAUUCGUCGCGUGAAGCCUGAGGAAAAAGAACCUCGUAAGAAGCGUAGAACAUCCCAGGCUGAAGAGAUGGGUGACGAGUUCAAUUAUCUUUUUGUAUGCAACCGCUGGCUUGCACGUGAUGAGGAGGACGGCCAGAUCGUGAGGGAGCUGGUACCAGUUGAUGCGAGCGGAAAGCCAAGGCGAGGCUCACUAGCAGGUAUAUAUUGUAUAUAUGGCCAAUUCAAUUAAGUUUAAUUCGCUUUGGCAAUUGGUCAAUGACAAUUGGACAUUGGGCUUUUGGGCAAAGGGAACUAACUGCAAUUUUUUGCCAAAGUGACGACCAAACAAUAGCUAUCCAGUGCGCAAUUCCCAAUCCCCAAGGCAAUCGUCAUUAAAUCAACUAUAUCUGUGGGAUUGUAAUAUUAAGUAGUUGUCGAACGUCUCUUCAACAGGCUCUUUGGGACAGAGCUGAGCCGGCGCUCGUGUUUAGAUGGGUGUCAGUGGCUCAAAUGGCAUGAGUUUAUCUCAGCAAACAUUAAGCUGCGUUCAACAAACUGUAGCUGUUGAUAGGUGCCGUCGAAACAUAAGUUUGCCAACAGUUAUGACUAACUUAAGCAUUUAUUAUUAUUAUUAUUUUAGAGAACACAUACCGAGUACACGUAUUUACUGGCGAUGUUUCUAAUGCUGGAACAAAUUCUAACGUUUUUAUCUGCGUGUACGGCGAGCAUGGUGAUACAGGGGAACAAAAACUGGAAAAGUCAGAGACCCACAUGGACAAGUUUGAAAGAAAUAAUGUAAGAACUGUACUUUUUAUGCACGGAAACAAAGAGCAAACGUGUUUCUUUUAUUUUGGAGUUGUUUUAUCUGUAAUGAAUAGAAGUGUCAAAGAAAAUGUAAAGCAAAUUUCAGCAUGGCUAGGUGGGCGGGCCUGUCGCGAUGCCAAAGACAUUUAUAUGUGUUUUCCAAAAUUGUGAAAUACAUUGCUUUCAGAGGCCCGAAGUUACAGCAUUGUGUCUUAGUAGAAAGGUAAAAAACUAAAAAACAAAAAAGACAAUUUUUGAGCACGAAAGGUACUAACUGAGGACACUAUUUAACGUCAGUCCUGGAGUCGGGACCCGAGCGCCAUUGCACGUGGUCAUUCGCGAGCCAGGGCAAAAGCAGUACCUUCAUUUCUCAGUUAUUUUAAGACCCUGAGUAUUGGUCCGGACCCGGAAAUCGAUCCAACGACCUCCCGCUCCACAGUCAAGAGCUUAACCGACUGAGCUAAUCCCACGACGGUCAAAUGAUUGGGGAAGGUUGGCGAGUUAGCGUGCCUACUAUUGAGAGCGCAUCGCGGCUUUUGCAAUGCAAAGGUCCCGGGUUUGGGUCUCGCCCUGACUAUCAGUUGGGUUUAUUUCUUUGCAAACUCGAGUUCAACCUCUCGCUCAUGCUUUCAAAAAGCCGCUUGGUUGUCUCCGGCCUAGUGGGAUUUUUCAAAGUUGUGGUGUUGGAUUUUAAUGAAUUGUUUCAGAUAUUCUCGGCCCACCAACCGUUCUUCUAUUAAUAUUGUCGAGAGAAAAAUAAAGUUUUGUUCAUUUCUGAUCGCUUUACCUGGUAGUUUAGCCAGCGUUUCCCCGUGGUUACAGGCCUUCUUUGGCUAUGGUUUAUUUACCCAUACCCGUACCUCAGAAACGGAGUAUCUUACCGUGCUGUUCAUUAUUUGAUUUUUUUUUCGGCUUUGGUUCAUAGGAAGAUAUCUUUUCCUUCAACUGUAUAAAUAUUGGUAAAAUCAGCAAAGUCAAAGUUUGGCACGACAACAGUGGAUUGAAGCCCGCCUGGCACCUGGACAGAAUUGAGAUAAACGACAGACUAGCAGAAGAGAAUUAUGUGUUUCCGUGUAAUCGUUGGCUUGCAACCAGUGAAGAUGACGGGCAGAUCUGCCGUGAACUUGGCGCAGUUGACGAUCGAGCUAUGCAGUUACAAAGAAAGAGAUCUCUAUCCAGGAAAGCCAGCGUUGUAUCUAAUGUUGAUGGAGUUGAUCUGGAGGCAAAAGGUUGGUUAACAUUUGUUACAAGGGAAUACGGCUGACAUGUUUGGUUGAAAGCAUUUUUGCGCACUGUUUCCGUGCUCGCUUCUUCAUAUGAUUUUCCUUUAAUGUAAUGAGUUAAAAUCGACGCGACGCGCCUUUUUCCCAGCAUUCGCUGGCGUGAAUCCCAAACAGUAGUUUGGAUGAUCGAAACAAGCAUCAGCUGUGAUCAUCUUCAUUUUAUAAACUGCCUACACCAGGUUUGUCUUAUUCACGUUUUACUGCUUUAUUUAAACUCUAUACAUUGUAUCAUACCUGCGUUCGACCGUAACUUUGCAGUAUCGCCAUGAUUAGGCUGAGAAAACAGCCGUCAUUUUGGGAUACCAGCAACGGUUUCCACGCGACAUGACGUUCCAUGAACGAGCGCAGAAAUUCCAUACUGAUGACGUGCCACUACCGAUAUCUGGGUAGUGCUUCUGAUAGACCGUGAACAACUGCAGCCUUUCUUAACAAGGCGCUUUUCGUUUUAAUCACACAAAACAACUGGUUGAUUUGUAUUUCUCUAUUCUGUGCUGAGCACAACAUCAUGCAAGCGCUUCGUACUUAAUAAAUGCUAAUGGUGCUCUUUUUUUUCAAAUGCUCUGCAGCCCGCAUGAACACGUAUGAAGUAUCAGUUGUCACUGGUGACGUCAGAGGAGCGGGGACCAACGCAAAUGUGUAUAUCAUCUUAUUUGGAGAAGAGGACGAUACUGGUUAGUUUUUAAAGUAAAUAUUUUUGCGUUUAGAGUUUCCCUUGGUUUGUUCUAUGCCUCUUGUAAUGAGAUGAACCUUUCUUUUGCAGGUAAAGUCCCUUUGAAAACGUCACGUACGUUCAAGAAUAAGUUUGAGCGUGGACAAACAGAUGUGUUCACAAUCGACGCCUUAGUUGGAGAAGUACAAAAGAUCAGGUAAUAAUUGCGAGUUUGGAGAUUAUUUUCAUGAACUGGAGUCUCACUACUUUAUUUAGCAGGAUAAGCAGUCGUUUCCUUGAUCGAAGGAUGGGCUCAGAGAACUACGUUUUAAGUUGCAGUGGCUAAAACUUUUGGGGGGCCGGGGAAUCUUGUAUUUCUUCUUGCGAGGGAGAGAGUACUAGUCAAAUAACCUGUUAACGUAUAUACUUAAUAAAAUGGGCUAAAACAAUCGGCUUUUGAGCUGUUGCAAUGUUGUGGUAAGCCAAAAAGGGAAUGAAGAAUUAUUUGUUAGUACCUUGUCUUCAAAAGUUCCAGACAGCAGUAGGCAAAUAGCAAUAGAAACAUGUAUUAGAUUAAAUUUCGUCGUCGGAUAUUUUUCGAAUUACUUUUUCCUCCUUAUGCAGUGAUUUAUUGAAAGUGUGUAAAUGUAAAUGUAAAUAUCAUAUUAUCCACUCCCCGGGGCUUUUCAGGGAUAAUUUACAACACUGAUUGGGGGACAUGGCCUGACUGUUUAAGGUGCAGUUUACUAGUAAUGAAGGAAUGAGUAAUGAUGCCCCCAUACAUGAGGAUGAAAGUGAGAUACACCACUACAUCGGGCACUAGGUGCCCUACUCUUUACGAAGAGUCUGUGGGUUCUUUAACGUCCCACAGAUUUUUAUUAUAUGUGCAAGGGCUUGUGAGGCGGGGCCUACGGUUUAUCGUCCUUAUCCGAGAAGACUAGAAAGUCAAACCGUUUGCAGAUGUUAUUACAAAGGCAGGACUUUCCUGCUCAGCAGAACGGCGCUUGUCCCAUUGAGCUAACCGGGCGGCGGUUAUUCAAGUUUUUAAUAAGUGAACAAGAUAGUGCAAAAGGGAGUAUUAAUAAUGACCUCCUUAACACCAUUUUUGCAGAAUUGGCCAUGAUAACAAGGGUGGAUUUGCUGGUUGGUUUCUCGACAAGGUAAUCAUCGACGUCCCAUCUCUUGGUCAGCGGCUUGUUUUCCCGUGUGGCCGUUGGCUGGAUAAGGGCAAAGAUGACGGGCAACUGGAAAGAGAGCUCGUCCCUGGUGUGGACGCAGAAGAAAGCUAUACGCCAUGUAAGUCAAUCUAUCAAUCAAUCUAUAAACUAGGAUUAUUAGUUUCCUGGCUUUGUGAUCAUUCAUAGAAACAAAAGAUGUCGACUGGACAAGCUUGUACAAGAGACGAAUAAUGAGUCCGACAUUAAAUUCGUUUUGAAAUGAAAACGGAUAAACCAAAGAGAAAAGAGUGUGAAAACUUGCGAUAACACUGAAAGAAUUUCCGCCCUUCGACAGGUUUCUUUAUUUUAAAGAGCUUCUGAUUUUUCAUUCGAAUUUUUUUUCUGAGUUUUGAACUUCAAAUUCUGCGCAAGGGGAAAAAUGAUAGAAAUCUAUUUAUUUUGAUUUGUAUUAAUAGUUAAUGAAUUCACUUUCUCAGUGGUUCAGUAAAUUCAGGGAACCCUUAUAACACAUAUCAUCAAGCCUAUUCUCCAUACUCGCUUUCAUUCAUUUCCUAUAGUGCUGAUGAGAAUAAUUUUUUUUAGUAUAUACUAAAACAGUGGAUAGUGUUUUUCGGGCGCUCUGAUUGGCUACUCAAUCAGUGAAUAUCCUGCACUAUUCACUGAUUCACCUCCAGUUCCUCCGAGCGAGCGACGCCAAACUCGCGUAAGUUCCAGCAAAAUGCUUUCCCGGUUUGCUGCCGUAACAAACUAAGAAAUUUCACAACUAAUCACGCAAGCUAUUUCCGAAAUACAUGAAGGUGACGAAGUUCGGUUUGGAAGUUUUAACAGGUAAAGCUUUGUCUUUUUGACUUGAAUAGUUAUCGAUAAAACCGGUGAAAAAGUUUUUUGUUUACAAAUGCAAAUUAAGCUUAAGUCUUGCGUUACUUUAUUUAGUUGACUGGUUCAUAAAUAAGCUUAAAACUAAAUUUAAUAAUCUUUUUUACAGAAUUAUUUUAAAUACAAACAGAAUUUACAACUCCUUUUGAAGAAACUUCCCCGCAAGAGCUAAACAAACGCCUUCAAAAGUUUUAUUUGUCGCUAAGAAAAAGCGACGACCGCGGCCGUUCGGUCAUCGCGCGCCAAAAUUGUAAUCGUUGGCAACAGUAAAUGAAUUAAAAAUCAUCAUUUUGUGCUCAAUUAUCUCACUGUUGUAGUAUAUACUAAAACAAUUAUUCACCUCAGUGUCGGUGGCUAGUAUUGGAUAUUUACCUCGCCGCUUCGCGGCCUCGGUAAAUAGCUAAUACUAGCCACCUCCACUUCGGUGAAUAAUUGUUAUUUAACAAUCCGGCGAGAACUUUUUCACUUUACUCUCAACACGUUAUGUAUGAUUUAGCAGUGAUAUUGUAAGGAGAAAUUAGACGCUGGUAAUUUUAAAUGCUUAAUUGAUGUUCUUGCAGACGUUCCUUAUGAGAUAACAGUAUACACAAGUGAUAUGAUGGGAGCAGGCACCUCGGCUAAUGUGUACUUAGUGUUGUAUGGCUCUGAUGCUGCCACUGAAGAAGUUGUAUUAGCCGACACGUCAAAGAAGAAGAAAGAUUCCUUCAAGAGAGGCUCUGUUGAUCAGUUUGUCAAGGAGGUUAGCGCGCUUGUUGAUGUAUUUCCGGUAUAAAGGUUUAAUUGCUAGGUAAUCUUUGUUAAUUGAAAGCGGUUUUCCUUUGAGUGCCUUCAAAAUAGAACCAAUCAAUUUCUAUGACCAGUCAAAACCCGUGCAAACAACCAGAUGAACCAGUCAGAGCUCAAAUACUUGUAGCUGAUACCUAUCGCGGAAAACACGUAGACGCAGAUCGCGAUGUUCUGAUUAGUUGAGAAAUUUUUGCGCAAGAAGAUUUUUUAACCAAUGAAAUUGCGUACUAAUGAAUUAAACAAAUCAAUUACCUUUGCGCUUGAACUAAAAAAGGGGUCUAUAGCUAUCUGUAUAACUAUAUUAGAGACAGUAAUCGUCAAAAAGUUUUCGUGUUGUUUGAGAGCUUUAAAAAUUCUUUUUUGAGGCAACCUCGUGAUACUUAUGCCUAGAAGAUGUUUAUAAAAAACAUUACAGCGUCUCACGUGUAACUUUCGAUCUGUCAGUAAUGUGAAAAUGUAUUUUUUUUUUGCAUCAUUUACAUUACUUACAUAUAAAGCAUAUAAAUACAUGAUUACAUUGCUACUAUACAGAGUAGCCAAAGUAACUUAGUAGUUCUUGCGUACUCGUGAAAAUGUUGUUGAUGUACGUUCAUAUUUGAUCAUUACUUAGGUGACGAUGACAUUUCAUCGAUCUCUACGCUUAAAUUGAAAUUUAUGUUAAUGAAGUCCCUCCUUUCAGUAUUGUGCUCCAACAGUAGUUGUUACCGAGAAAUGUCAAAAAAGCCUAGUUAACAAUUGCCGAAAAAAUGGAAUUCUCGAAAAUGGCACUGUUAAGAACCCAUGUUGAUAUUUGCUUGUAUUUUUUCGCUCUUGCUUGUUCUAGCUGGACAAUGUCGGUGAUGUGAUCGAGAAGAUUCGAAUCGGUCACGACAACAAAGGUAUUACCUCUGGCUGGCAUCUAGAUAAGGUGGAAGUACGGCGUCUGCAAGAAGACGGAGAAACAUCCACAACUUACACGUUUCCUUGUAAGCGGUGGCUGGCUAAGGACGAAGAUGACGGCUCUGUUGUUCGGGAGCUGAUUCCGCAGAGAGUGGUAGAGGAGUCUGUUACAGAAGAUGGCGAGUUUAAAACUAGAGAAGUCAAUCAGGAAACAUUGGAACGUGAGUUUUGUGAACUGUGAACUGUAGUGACAUUAGGUCUUAUGAAGAGUACCGAGCAAGUAAGAGUAAGAGUAAGAAUAAGAGUACCAAGGACCUAGAAUCUGGAACUGUCUUCCUGCAUCUGUUACAAACUUGUCAAGCUUUUCUGUCUUUAAGAACAAAGUGCCAGAGUUUUUAUUAAAAUAGUUACUGAAUUAGUUUAGCCGCACCUCUUCGCAGCCCUAAUUUCUUAUAAUAUUGUGAUGUCGAGGUGGCCUCUCUUUAUAAGCCUGGUUGUUUCUUGAGGUCUCCUCGCCUAACAACCUGCUGUAUCCUGUAAAAUUUGCUGUGAAAAAAAAGGCUAAUAAAAAUGAUGAUGAUGAUGAUAAUGAUGAUGAAAGAUCUGACCAAAUUGACGCGUAUUACAGUUGGCCUAGAAAACACUCCAUGAAUUUAAAGUUGCUUAUAGAAUACUCUAGGAGUACCACGUGACCUAUAGGAACGAUCCUCCGGGCAAAUUGUUGCUCGGUAAUUUGGGCGUGUUCCAUCGAUUGUAUUCUGGAAGAAGAAUAAAUGGACUACGCUCCGUAAGUCACUGAUUUUGGCGUUUAUUGCACUGCAAUAUCUAGAAAUUCGGCUGGAAAUAAAAUAUCCCGAUGGUGGUUCAAAAUUCACGUUACCGGAGAUUUGCAACAAAACUUUGCGGAUUUUUCUUGCGGAAUAUGAUCAAAUGAGCGCUCACUGUACUGCAUUCGCUGUCUGAUUCCCCAUUUUCUUGCAACAGGAAUUAACCAUGUCAACAUUUGCAACCUGUAAGCCCGUUUGCAAAGUAUAGUCCGUGUAAGGUAUUAGUGUGGAAUACCGUGGUAAAUUUUUAAGCGUGAGGAAUAUUGAGCUCGUUAAGGUCCCAGUUUAUGGUUUAACAGCCUCAUUUUUAUUUACAGUUCGAAAGUACAAAGUUCACGUGUUCACUGGCGACGUCAAAGGUGCGGGGACAGACGCCAACGUGUUUAUUACCAUAUAUGGGGAGUAUGGUGACACUGGAGAGAGACAGCUUGGCAAAUCAGAAACGCACAGUAAUAAGUUUGAAAGAAGAAACGUGAGUGUUUAAGUUCUCUCUGUAUCAGCUCUCACCAUUUCACAUUGGUUGCUCUUUUUGCCUUUUCUCGUGACAUUAGUGAACUUACGCAACGGGACGGCAGAGGAAAGAAGACGGCAAACCUUGUGUGACAAGCGUGACAACAAUAUCUUCACCCUCCUUUAAACAAGACUUUUGGUAAAAGUCCAGAAAACAUUAACUUAAGUGAAGAUCACCACAAAACACACAAGUAAUAGCCCUGUCACGUUUGCCACACAAAAGCGUUUUGCCGUCCUCUUCUUUCUGCCUUCCUGUUGCGUAAACUCCCUAUUUUCAAAACUUGCUCGUACAACCGAGUUUCAUAGUAAUAGGUACAACUGGCGUCAUUAAUUAAUGCUUCACUGGCAAGUGAAUCAGUAAUCAGACUUAUCUAUGACUCUAACGCCUGAACCUUCCUCCGCCAUGAUUUAUGAUGUUUACACUUAAUAUUUUUCAUGACUUUACUAAACUUCACUACUCAGGACGUACUACUACAACAGAUAUACAUAAGAGAAAUUGUAACAAAGAUAGCAAGAAAAAAAAAGGUUGUAUAAAAAGACUGCAUGUAUACAUUUGAAUAAGAACAGAUGAAUUAGUGAGCAGCAGCCAAAGUAGCGAAAGCUUUCAAUUUGGGAGCUGCUUACUUAAGCAUAUGAUUACAAAGAAGUGCACAAAAAAGGGGAAAGAAGUAAUGAAAAGGGGAAAGCAAAAUAGUUUGCAUAGAAAGAAAAGAGGUAUAGAUAUGAAUCAGUGUGCGGCGGCCAAAGAAGGAGCUAAAGCUUACGAGUUGGCGGCUGCUUUCUGCUUACUUAUACAUAAAUUGAGGAGGACAUCGAGUAUACCUACAUGUUGUCUCUACGAGUAUCCUAUAAUGAACAUAAAUUGCAAGGAGACUUUUUGCAGAAGAAUUGAGUUGAAAUAAUUGAAAGUAUUGUUCUGUUUACCGUUGUGUAAUCUCAGUAUUAAACAGUUUAUGUUUCCUUCUUGACAGGAAGAUGUUUUUACUCUGGAAGCGGCUGAACUUGGAAAUAUUUACAAGCUGAAGCUUCGACACGAUAAUUCUAACAUAAGCCCUUCCUGGUUUGUUGACCGUGUGGAUAUAAGGGAUGUUGAAACCGAUAAACUGUAUCCGUUUAUUUGCGAGAGGUGGCUUUCUAAGAAGAAGGAGGAAGGAAAAAUCCAACGAACUCUUUACGUGAAGGGUUAUGAGGUAUGAAAAUGAACAGAAUAGGAAUAAACCCUCACUGAUAUUUAAAUCUUGGAAAGUGCGUACGGUUUUUUAUAACUACCACUAAAUGCCCCGCCUUUUUGAGGAAUCCCGGCGCCCGCUCCUUAACGGUAAGCGCUCGAUCCUGACGAUUUCACGAGAAAAGAGGAGACUGUUAACAGUCUAGACAGAAUUCGGCCCAUUUUUGAAAACGCACCUUUCCUUGAAUGCCCGCGUCGUUUGUUUUGAAAAUAUUAUUUUAAUUUUUAUUUUAUCAAGCUCGUCGUCUGCAAUAGUUGAUCACUUAACCACCGUCUUUAAUAUACUUCAAUCCUUUCCAUUUUCUUAUCACAUCUGUAACUUUUUUAUUUAAAGUUGGUUCUGCAGGUCGAAACAUUGGCCCAUAAUAUCGUGUUAUAGCCUCUUUGAAACGUUUUACACUCGUAAUUCCAGUCAAUACUUAUACUGAGUUUUUGGCCUUUUAUUGUCCUUUCAGAGUUGCGUUAUGAAAGGAAAACGCACCAAUAAGAUAUGGUAGAAGUAAUUAAUAAUGUUGACUGUUUCUUUUUUUCCCGUUGUUCAUAUUCCAGGGAGAACGUUCCACACUUGGAACCAUGAGUAUGGCGUCUUUGGGAGGUAGCCUUGGUGCACGAAGAAGCAGUCGGAGCAGCCUCGGAAGUAGUCGAUCUUCACUGCAUCGUAGCAACGAAAGUUUGCCGACUGCUAGCCGAAGUGCGUCCGCCGAUGCUAUCUUUAUGAAGGAAUUUAGUGAGGGUAAAAAAGAAGCGGCAGCAGCCGGUGAAGGUCAGUAUUUUUGAAAGGAAAUCUUUCCUGUUUAUGAAUAAAAUUGGUUUGGUAACUACGUAUAUUGUCUCAGGGUUUUGAAAAAAAUAGUUGCUGAAUAAAGGGUUCGUCUUGUCGGGUUUGUCUAAAUCUCUUCUCUGCCUCUAUGUACCGUUCCCUAUAACUUCUAGCUGCAAUCGCUGUCAGUGUUAAAGGAAUAGUUGUGGGUCCAUUAUUUGUUGUUUAAUGAAACCGAUGGUAGUCCUGUUUGCAAAUGGUACACUUGUCUUUGUCUUAUCCCUUUAGCAUAAAGGAUUUUAGCGAAUCACGGUAUCUUUUGAUUCCUGUUGGCGUUAAAAGACCCUGACUUUACAGCUGUUUCGGAUAACACGCGACCUGCGAUGUCAGAAAUGUAUUUGGAUUUUGGGUUUUUCUACGACGCCAAUCAAAAUCUCAUGGCUCGGCGCCUUCUAGCGGACUGACAUUGCAUUGUAAUUAUUAAUCAACACAUUGCAGAUCUAUAAUAAUGGCUUAAUUUUCGGGGAAGAGAGUAUAGUUGUUGCGCUUCCUGAGCGAAGUUAAUAUAACUCAGAAGGUAAGGUUUCAUAGCUAUAGUCCAGUUUUCCUACCGAAGGUUAAGAAACUGAAGAAGGUGAUAACUCUAGUAAAAAGUUUUUACAGGCUAACGUGUUUUUCUCCUCACAGCCAUAGCUUAUACGAUCCGCGUGACCACCGGUGACCAAUCAGAUGCAGGCUGUCAAGCGCAGGCGCAUAUUGUGUUGAUUGGCACCGAAGCAGCCACUGAAAAGAUCCCGCUCGUGUUGAUACAGAAAGAGAGUUUCACUCCAGGGUUAACGGAGACGUUCUCAGUCGAGGCAGUCGACGUCGGAGAGGUGAAGAAAAUUGAGCUGUCGAACAACGCUUAUGGCGCUGAUAGUGGCUGGUUUGUGAAGGAAGUAGAGGUGGAUGUACCGACCAGCGGUAAGAAGUACUUUUUCCCGUGCAACAGGUGGUUGUCACAGAACAAGGAAGAUGGAAAAGUCGUCAGGGUCCUUUCUGCCGCUGAUAAUCAGCUGGUCACAUACAAACCACGUAAGUUGUUUUGUUUUCUUGGAGAAUACGAACCCUAAGGAUGGUGUUUUUGCGCGGUGAUGACGUUAACGAUAAAGCAGACCUCGGCACAGGCUGUCAAAAUCCACACUGGAGAAUGAGUAGGGAUAUCUCUAAAUCGUACGUGGUUAGCCCGUGUUUUCUAUGUUAAUAUCAUAGGUGACGAAUUACUCCUUAAUUUUGGCGCGAAAUUUCAGCGUUAAUUUGUAAUUUCACAUGGCAACCCUUCCGUACUUCUCAGUGUCAAGAUGGCGACGAAGUUUUAAAAUGCCGUGAAUGAAGAUGUCAGGGCACAAAAAGACGCUUUAGAAAACCUGAACACACAAGAGAACAUCAAGCAGGAUUCUAACAGGUAUUUUGCCGAAAACGUCUGAAAAAUUCUGAACUUUAUAAGCCAAAUUUAAGGUCUAAACAUUUGAGAGAGUGGAGUUCUCGAUCGAUACGAUCCAGGAUAAACAUGUCAAAAAUCCAAGAUUGCUAACGUAAUUCGUCACCCAUGAUUUUAAUAGGUAAUCAAAUGGUAUACUCGUGAAAUUAGGGAAUAAUUUUGCUUGCGUUUUGUCCAAAUCCUAAUAAUUUCCCGAGCCUUCAGGCGAGGGAAAUUAUUAGGAUUUGGACAAAACGCGCGUGAAAUUAGUCCCUAAUUUCACUCGUCACCAUUUGAUUACACAUACUUAUUUCAUAAUCCUGGGUCCUUGCUGUGAUGAACUUUGUUUGCGCAGUCAUGAGGCUCGCAAAGUAUUUUCAACUGGCGAUUCACCUUAUCAUAUGGCCCAUUCUGCGUGCCGACGUCCCAGUUUACUUGUUUGAGAAGCUCUUCAUCUGGCAUCAUAAAGAACAAGUGUUCAAAUCCACUUUAAUAGUUUUCUCCCUUAAGCGUCAAUCUCUAUUUUUUAACGCAAGUCGUUGGGCAGUCGCAUUUUUUUAAAAAUGCUCCUGCCGUAUUGUGCUUUUAUGUACGAGUAAUGGGAGUAACUUGUUGCCUUAUAGAUGUGCCAUACGAGAUGACAGUCUACACAGGUGAUGUAAAAUCAGCCGGGACGGACUCUGCCAUCUCCAUGACGAUGUUCGGCACUGAGGGCACCACUCCUGAGUUUGUUUUGGACAAAGAUGAAUCCCGGUUUGAACGCGCAUGCGUUGAUCUUAUUAGAAUGGACCUCGAUGAUGUGGGCAAACUGCUGAAAGUCAGGAUUGCAGUCGACGGUAAAGGAACCCGCCCAGAUUGGUUCUUGGAAAAGGUGCGCCACAUAAGUAAUUGUGUUUUUUGUUUCUCAAAGGAUGAAAAAGUUACAUUUAUUUAGCAAGUUCUGUUGACCACAUUGUUUAGCUUUCGAAUUUACCAUUAACAGCACGAGUUCUGUCAUCUCCUGUCAUGCUUGCUAGACGAGAACCUUACAGGAUGAUUUUUAAAUACACGUAAAAUAAAAUAAAGGGCGAUGUUCAAAUUUGUAGGCGAUCAUUCGUCACUACCAAUUACGAUAAUUCUUCCGGGAACUCGCAUACAACCUGAGUUCUCUUAGUAAGGUAAAGUACUCAUGGACCGUCAUCAAUGAGCAAAGAACGUUUAAUUAUUGCUACCGUUACAGGAAAGUGAGAGGCUGAAAGGCGUUGAGAUCGUUUUGAAGUUGUUUUCAUCGUAGAUGAUUGGAUAGUUACCCGUUCUUCCAGUAGCUCAAACCACAGGAAUUUUAAAGACUCGGUGCAGAGUCAUGUCUUUCUUGUUUUCCUUUUUCUUCAAUAGAAGUUUGUUUGUUUUUUGUUUUACAGAUGAUUAUUAGGAACAUGGAGACGCACUCCGCCAGCGUGUUUAAAUGCAAUGACUGGUUUUCCAAAACAGAAGGGAAACUAGUGAAAGAGAUUCCAGCUGAGACGGAUGGCGAGGAGAUGCUGAAGAGUAAGUUGCUUUCUGCUUUGUUCAACGGCAAUACAUUAAAAAAGAACCAUCUGUUGGUGCUAAAUUUUUGAUAAACUAUUUUAUGAAUCCUUUGGUGAAUUACUGCACAAUAGACCUCUUUAGCUUGUAUGUUUUGUUUUCCCAGUGCAGGUCUGGUAGUAGUACUCUAGAGAACUGUUUCUUUCAAAUUUCGUUUUAUUCACGUGGAUAAAUACGCAUAAUUAAUGAAGACAAAACUUGGUCAAAUGCCCUUGGGAACGUCAUCGUGAAAACAAAGCAUACAAGCUGAAGAGGUCUAUUAACCCUUAACAAUAAUAACUUAACUAGUUAUUAACCAGUUGUUUAAACAGCCGGUAUUUGACCUUAAUGCUGUGAAUGCUCAUUCUUGACCUUCGAAUAAUGUGGACUGUCUUUAAGAGACUUCACCUGCAAAUACUGCUCUCAGCGUUGUCUUGUGACUUAUGUGUAUUUACUGAUGUGAUAACAAGUGAUUUACUCAAUAAUUGAUUCUAAUUUAAAUAUACGUAAGUCACGUGACUGCACUUAAGACUUUAUUCAAGAGACCCUGAACAAAAGUUGUUCAAACAAUAUAUUUGACGAGUUUGAUAACCCGGUGCAGAGCGCACAGCUCUGCAUUUUGCAGGCCACUGCGUUUGUAAGGAUGGCGAAGAUGUUGUCAAGGAAAAGACGGUUACUGCCUCUCUCCACCACCAUAUACUUUUUCAAUACUAUCCAACGUACCCUUCACCGCUUAAAAACUAUCCGUUUCCGUUUAUGGCGGGAAAUGUUUCAUGCGAAGGAAGCUGUGGAAAACACCCGAUAAGACCCUCUUAUACAAGUUGCAACGUGAAGCCGUCUAGAGACCUUGCAAGACUACUUGCAGAUAACUCUGUUACGUGCGACAAGUCGGUUUAGAAGCGCAAUACGGAACUGCGUAGCGAACUGCAAAUAGAGCUGAACGAUCUCCUGCUCCUUCUCCCGUCGCUAAGAAAAAGCUAACGGAAGUUUUCAUUUCCUUUGCUUUUCGCCAGUACAUAUUUAGAGCAACAUAAUACGGCUCUUCCCUUCCUUGUUUAGUUCUUGGGCAAGCUUGCUAACAGAGCCUAAACAGGUUGUUCUUCUUUCAUAUUGUAUUCGAGAUCGCCAUCUGUAAGAAUACCGGUGAUGAAUUCCCUCUUUUCCAUAACUAGAAACCACAUACAAGAUAAACGUGAAGACCGGUGAUGUCAUGGGUGCAGGAACAGACGCGAACGUGUUUAUGGUGAUGUUUGGUGAAAACGGGGACAGUGGAGAGCUGGCUUUGAAGAACUCGGAAACGUAUAGAGACAAAUUCGAAAGAAACCACACCGAUGUGUUUACCUUCAAUAAUUUACUAACUUUAGGUGAGUUUAAAUUGUGCUUUCCCUCACAGAUGAAUCAAAUAAUUCAGUAAUAGAAAACAUUUACGAGCAAGUAUUUCUUAGUAAAAAUUUGUGUAAGAAGGUGGAAUUUUGAGGCAAAAAAACUAUAGCUACAUUGAACAGGAUCAGGAAAAGAAAGCGAUUUUCAUGUAGGCGUUUUUAUGCAGCAUUUAUAGAGCCGUCAGUGACAUUUCUUGGUAAAACCUCUUAGUUAUGCAUGCUUGGUCACAUUCGUAUUUAUUGUACGGCUCGCUUGUGAUCUUUCUCCGUUUCUUUUAAACCACUCAAAUCUAAGUUAUAAAAUUUAUAAAUAUUUUCGAUCCGCGUGUUUAUUGGUCUUUGCUGUAGGUAGCGAAGUGUAGCUUUUAAGGUCAGUAACUAGAACUCGAACUGUUCAGUGUAGUGAGGUGUAUUUGUAACUAAAAAGAAAACAGUCGAACCUGCCCCUUCAGACACCUCAAUAAUACGGACACCUCUCAAAACACGCACAUUUCUCUUACUUCCAAAGAUGCAAUCCCUACUUCUUUAAUACGGACUUCUCUGCUUGUGGUGCUCCUACAAAGGUGGUUGGACUGUCUACAGGACAAACGGGUUGUCUUUUCAAUAUGAUCUGUGCGAAAGCCAUUCAGUGCAACUUAGCUAUUACCUUGUGGAUGUUUCCGGGGAGCAACCAAAUCCUGUGAUGAAAUGUGAGAAGUGCGAGAUGCAUCAGGCUUUUUCAUUUUCAUUCAUUUUUCUUGUUUCCUCUGUCUCUUUAGGCGACCUUACGAAAGUGCGCAUUUGGCAUGACAAUAAAUUUCUUGGUGCAAACUGGUAUCUUGAAAGCGUGGAAAUUGUGGACGAGUCAACUGACGAAAAAUUUCUCUUUCCGUGCAACCGCUGGCUCGCUAAGGACAAAGAUGAUGGGAGUCUGGUACGAGAGCUAACAUGCGCAAAUCCAAAGAAGAGCGCUGAUUCAAGAACACCUACAUGUAAGUCACGCAUUGUGCUUAUGUAGUUAUCCUAUGUGAAGGGCUGUAUCAAUCUGUAUUGAUAGCUCAAACAAAAUGAAUCUUGCUCCAGCAUGUCUGAAAAUCUAGACAAUGGAGGAGGUGGCGAGAGAUUUCACACGCAUAGUUAACGUGAAAUGUCAAAUCAAAAAUUGUUGUCUCGAAAUGUCUCUUUUCGUCCUUUCAGAACAAAAAUGUUCGUUUUACUCUGGACAAAUUAAGAUAGGGCUGGGUAGGAGUUGACUGAGAUUAAAAGUGUAAGAAAGAAAGAGAAACAAGGAAAUUAGUUCGCUGGGAUAAUUUGCCUUUGUCUCGAUGAAUACGGUAACUGAAACAGUCAGUUUUGCGGGUGAACCUACUAUGUUAGGUUGUCAAUGCUGCGGUCAAAGUUAAUAGAACUUUUACAAGUGAAAUGUAGCUAUUCGUUUAGAGUCGGAAAACAAUAGCCACACUUGUAAAUUACACUUGUUUAAGUCCCUGAAGUUUGGUUCAAAUAGCAAAGAUAAAUGACCGUUGAAACAUAAGUUUGUCCAGUGAAAAAAUUUACUACCUUACACAGCCCUAAGAAAAUUACCGUAAUAGUAAAAGUAAAAGGUGGUUGAGGUUCAACACUGAUUUCCUUUUUUUUGUCAUAGCGUUUGAACUGACCUUUCUCACAAGCGACAAGCAAAACGCUGGAACGACGCAAAAUGCCUGGAUCGUCCUAGAAGGAGAAGAAAGAAAGUCCCAAGAAUACGUGAUAGAAAACAGCGCCAAGAACAAAGUACUGCGACGCGGGCAGACUGACACCUUUAAAUUUGUCACCAAACGGUUGGGAAGUCUUACUCACGUGACCAUAGGACACAGGAGACGAGAGGGUUCCACGGUCAAGGGAACUGGGAAAGAAACUGGAUGGUUCUUACAUGAAUUGAUUGUCUCUGCACAACAGUCUGGAGAAAAGUAAGCGCGAAAAAAACUGCUUCCGUAAAACCUUUUAAAUAAAGGGCAUGUGUGGAAAAAGGGUUUGAAUCAGGGUUCACAGUGCUCCUGAAAUUCUUUGAAAAUUUUUGCUCCUCCAGAGUGCUGGAAGAAAAUUAUCUUUUUUCUGAAAAUUCUCUUUCUUAUAUACCGGUACUCCUGGUAACUCUCGGAAUUUCAUUAUUGAAUUGGAUGAAUGUGGCGGGGGGUUUACUACAAUUUAAGAGGCUAUGUACUUUUUCAAUAGGGGAAGCAAAAACGUUUAACCAGCAAUGACCGGCAGAAAAGGCGUACUUUUUAAAGCGUUUUUCACGCAAGCAAUGGCAGGCGCGAGUCAGGUCGCUCUUGCCUUUGCUUACUUGUAAAACGUGUGAAGGUAACGCCUGUUUUGCCGUGUAGACGAACAGUGGUUUGUUUGAAUUCUGUGUGGGUACCUUACGAGACCUUGACAAUGAGGACAACGAGAACUGCCCUUUGUUUACACUUUUUUUUUUAAAGUCUCUCCCGUCGUGGUUGCUGCCUAUUCUCUUGUCGUAACUCGAACGCCUGGAAACCGGCUUUCCUAUUCUGAGUUACCCAAUUAAACCUGUCAGUCAUUUAACGCUUUAUUGGGUUUUGCAGAUACGUAUUUCCCUGUCGUCAGUGGAUUCCUCUCAGCUCCGAUAAAAAUGACGCUGUUCGGCUGGAAUGUAAAACAGCUGAGAAACCGAGAGCGGCAGCAAUCAGAGGUAUAGUGUUUGCUCAUUACAGUGUAUACGUAACGUACAACUACAAUAGACUAUAAAAACAGCACAUGCGCGACUGAGACGGUGUGUGGCGUUUUUUGUGUCGAAAUCCCCCUUAGCUACCAGAAGCGGGACGAGAUUCUGUUUUGGACAAAUGGUUGAAAAAACACAGGACUAGUAAAUUUCGUUCGGGAUUUGCACAAAUUUCUGAAAUACGGCCGCGAGCUCCCUCGAUUCAACAACAUCAACAACAACAGGUCUGAACAGGUGUUUGGGGUGUUGACUGUUUGUUACUCAUAUACUUUUGCCCUUCUCACCUUGUUUCAGACCUUCAACCUGUUCAAUAUCUAGUGGAGGUCUUUACAGCCGACGUAUCACAUGCAGGCACAGAUGCAAACGUGUCCAUUACCUUAUAUGGCGCAAACGGCGACACUGGACAAAGACAGCUCACUAAGAAGUUGGUCAACUUGUUCGAGAGAGGACAGACUGACGAUUUCAAGAUCGAAGCGUUGGAUCUUGGUCAACUGACUCGCUUGCGCAUUGAACAUGAUAAUAAAGGCUUCGGAGCUGGAUGGAUGCUUGAUAAAGUUGUGGUCACUAAUAUGACGAGUCAAGAGAAAGUGACUUUUCCUUGCGGCCAGUGGCUUGAUAAGAAGAAGGGCGAUGGAAAAAUCUGUCGGGAUCUGCUUCCUCUACCUUCAUAACUGGAGCCUGUGGAGAAGCUGACUACGAAUCUUUAAUGAGGAACUUCGUUGAAUCUAGGUUUCAAUCGCGUGUUGAAUUUCUAAAUUCUGUGAGGACAGUGUUAUACAGAACGUUGAUGAUCCCACUUCUCGCAGUUUAAUUGAAUAACUCACGAGUAUCUCUCUAAAACGACCAUAAUGCUAGUGCACAAGUCUGGCCAGGUUUAUCUGCUUGAGCUCGGUUACGAACCAAAAGUGAAUUCGCUCAUGGCGAGCAGCCAUGUUGACAUACCUGGAGAUCUCGCCAGCUACGCAAGCUAUGUUGAAGUAUCUCCAAGGACAAAUGAUCACGAAAAUGUAUUUCAGGGUCUUGAGACCUCAAGAUAUACCCCUUUACCCCUUUCCGAUCGCUGUUAUAAUAUUAGAUGCCAAGUAUUACAAUUCCUUCGUCGUUGUAUCGAGAAAAUACUAUAUUUUUUUAUAAAUGUUUUCAUUUUUAUUCAGAGCAAGGCAGUGUAAUAUCUUUUUAGACAAGCGUGCAUUACGGUCUACAUUAUUAAAGGGAGGUGUUGUUAGGAAUAGGGUGUAUAAUACUAUAUUUAUUCUUCAUUUUAAAUUGUUGUUACAUGUUCAAAAAAUUAGUUAUUUAUUUAUACAUUUGUUCGGGCUAAAGGUGUUGAAAGUGCUUGAUUAGAAACAAAACGAAGCUCUACUUGUUAUUUAAGACUUAAGAUCCUUUCACUUCCAGGAAAGGAACGCCCAAGUUAUUUGAAUGAAAUUUUAUGUUUGGGAGCUGUUGUUAGCAUUAAAUCAACAACUCAGUAAGAAUAAAAGUCAGUAGGCAUCCAAUAAUAUGCUGUUGCGUUUUACGGGAACAAAUUUGUGCGAAUUUGGAUUUCAAAUGAAGUGCUAGAAAAACAUUUUUGUAGGGGUAUUGAUUGCGAUUCGAAAAAAGCUAUAAUGUUGCGUUUCUUUGUGAAUUUUCCAUGCAGAAUCGAGUCAAUUGAUUGUCAUCACCAUGAAAAUGUACGGCUGUGGCUACGACUUGUGUGCUCCACGAAGACCAAAAGUUUACACAGUUUGCAGUUCGUUGAAUAAAUUGGGUUGAAGUGAAUUUUUCUUCCACUUUUGGUUCUGUCGCCGUCACCUUAUGAAUGUGGUAAUUUAUAAAUUUAGACUUUACAUAUAUAUUCACGAAAGUAAAAUGUUGACUGUGUUUUGUUUGCGCCAUAUGCAAAACUACCGACCUGCAAAUAGCCCACGUUCGUUACAUUAAAAUUCUAACAUGACUCCAAGGCUUUCUGGUCGAUAUUUGGUUUGUUUUUUUUUAGUUCAAGGUUCUAGUCCAUGGAGUCGUGAAAAAUUUGCAAUUUUGCUCGUAGAGCCUCGGAGACAAGUUAGAAUUUUAAUACAUCGAACUUGCUCUAUUAUUAUAUGACAUUGCCACCUGGCUCGAUAGGCCCUUACACAUUUUCGUAAUUUAUUCCCGAAACGAAGCACUAUCACAGUUUAAGUGAAUAAAAUGCAGAUAAAACCAGGCAAAAACAAAGCUCAGCUUUACUUCGCUACUUUUUUCCACUUAUAGCGGAAGCUAUUUAUUUUCGUGAAUUGAAAUAUAUGAAAUGAAUCAUAAUUUGAACCGCGGAUGAAAAGUGAACAUGAUUUUCG